UACAACCUCAAAUUUUGUUGUUUCAACACCAACCAAUCAGAAAGAUAAGAAAUAAAAGCUAGAGAGACUAAGCCAUGACGGCCGCGACGACGACCAGGAGCCCCGAGCUGCAAGGAGGCAAACUAGAAGAUCGUACAAAAAUGGUGGAUUCAAUUUCAUCUCCUAGUAAUACUUGUUUCAAUGAUGAACCGCUAAAGAGUGGAGAUGAAAAUAAAAUGGAUGAUGGGGAUGAAAAUUUAACACCAUAUGUUUCUGAGAAUGAUCAUAAUAACGAUUCAAACGUUAAAUCACAGGUUCCAGUUGCUACUACAGAAGAGAAACCUCAAGUGAAGAAUACGUCAUCUAAAAAGGAUCAGGUUGACUACCUUCUUACGACGUCUAAGAGAUGUUUGGAUGAGGAACUUCUUGUAUCAACAAAAGCUGAAAUGGGUGAAGUAAUGGAAGAAAAUCAAAGACUUAAACAACACCUAAACAAGAUCAUGAAAGAUUAUCAAAUAUUACAAAACAAAUUCCAUGAAAUCUCCCAACAAAACCCCAAACCAACACCAAAACAUAACCAAAUUACAAUCUCUUCUCCUACUAUUAUUGAUGAUAAUGAAGAAGAGCUUGUUUCUCUUAGUCUAGGAAGAUCUUCAAGUCUAGAUUCAAACAAAAACAAUAUUAAGCUAAGUAAAAUUACUACUAAUGCUAGUUCAUCAAACCAAUUAGCAUUAGAUGAUCAUGAUGAGGAAGCAAAGGAGAGAAGGUUGGAUCUUGGAUUAGAAUGUAAAGGUAUUAAUGGUUUAAGUAUGGGGGAUUGUACACAAACCCUAAUACCGAGUUCGAGUCCUGAAAACAGCUUAGAUGAGAUAAAAGAUGGUGAAGAAACUUGGCUUCCAAGUAAAGUUUCUAAUAAGGAUGAUGAUGGUGGUGAUAAUGAUGUGGUACAACAACCUCCUAUGAAGAAGGCUAGGGUUUCUGUACGAGUUCGUUGUGAUACUCCUACUAUGAAUGAUGGAUGUCAAUGGAGGAAGUACGGGCAGAAGAUUGCAAAGGGAAAUCCAUGCCCUCGAGCAUACUAUCGAUGCACUGUUGCUCCUUCUUGUCCCGUAAGGAAACAGGUACAAAGAUGUGCAGAGGACAUGUCAAUAUUGAUCACUACAUAUGAAGGAACACACAACCAUCCACUUCCAGUCUCAGCAACAGCCAUGGCUUCCACAACCUCAGCUGCAGCUUACAUGUUAAUGUCCAAAUCUUCAUCUUCAAACCCACUUGGAUCAAACCCUUCUACAUCUACUUUAUCAAAACCCACUGAACCUGAACUCCAUCGAGGAUUUAAAUUUAAUUUUAAUUUCCCUGAUAAUUCCAAACAAAACCCAAUUUAUUUACCUAAUUCCUCAACAUUUUGCCCUAAUCCCACAAACCCUACUGUAACCUUAGACCUUACUUCUACCUCAUUACCUUCAACAAACCAACAAAACAUAGGUCAAAAUUAUGGUUCGAGGUAUUAUCCUUCCACAAAUUUAGCCUUUAAUUUUUCAGAUCAUUCAAGUAAUAAUAAUACCCAUUUAGUUUCUUGGCCUAAUUUACCAAAAACACAAAUUAAUCCUUUAAUUAUUGGGUCAUCAAGACAGAUUAAUUCUCAUCAAAACCCAUAUAAUAAUCAAAUUAAUAUGUUUCAAAAUAGGAUUAAUCAUAAUCAUAAUCCUUCUAUUAAUCAUGAUUCUUUACCUGAUAGUAUCACUCAAGCAGCCAAAGUUCUUACUUCUGAUCCUAACUUUCACUCCAUUCUUAAAACUACACUAUCAUCUUUUAUUAGUGGUAAUAAUGGAAAUGUUGGGAAUAAUGUGAUCAAUAGUAGUACUACUACCUUUAGUGAUAAUAUGAUCAAAUGGAGUAGCCUUCAUACUACUUCAUCUUCAAAUCCAUCUACAAGUAAGGAGGCUAAUGAAUGCGGUCAUGGGAAAUCUAGGUCCGGGUCUGCCUAAGCUACUAUGACCAAAGUCAUUUGAUUAAAGACCAUAAUCUACGCUAAAGUUAAAUUGCCUAACAUAAAAUACAAGAAUGGUAGCCGAAUUGGUUCAUUACACAUAUAAAGGUGAAUGAUCAGCAUACCUAUAUCUUGGGUUUGACUGAUGCAGAUCAAGCUUGUUCAAUAGAAUUACGUCUAAAAUAACCUUUCUACGUCUCUAGAUGAUAUAAAGGUGAAUGUUCAGCCGACACAUUAAGUUCACUAUUCAAAUAGGGUUGGGGUUGUGAAAAAAUGUACAUAAAUAAAAUCCAAUGAUUGAUUUGUAGAUUAAUUAUUGUUGUUGUGAACUACGAAAUAACUUCAAUUCAAAUUAGUUAUAGGAGGAGUAUUAGUUUAAUUUAUUCUUUGAAUUAUACCAUUUAUGUAUUUUUGAAAAAUUGAGCAAUUUUGCCAAUGAAAAUUUAUACAUUGGACUUUUUAUA